AGAAGAAACAUGCUUAUUAAAUAUUUCAUAUUAUUUAUAUACAUUACUCAGGUUGUCGCUAACCCAUUAAUUUUGGUUAGGAAAAGUUUGGUUGAAGAAAAGCUGUACAAGUUUUUUGAAAAAAUUUCGAAGUGUUCGAAUUUCGUUUCACAAACCUGCAAUUUUAGCCGAAAUAUACCAAGCGAUUUAUUAAAUAUCACCAAUUGGUUCAUUUCUCGAAUGAACUGCACUAUACUUCUAUACGACAAAUUUAAUCAAAAAUCUAAAUAUGUAUUCAACGUCAAUCAAAUUUACUUAUUCAUCAAUUCUUCGGAUGAUAUUUUUAACGUUGCUGAUACAUUGUCUUUGGAUGAAAACUAUCAACCGCUACUAAAAGUUAUAUUCAUCAUCACUAAACCAGUUAAAAAUAAAGAUUUUUUGGAAAAAUUGCUCCCGUACAUAUGGGAGAAAAAUAUAUCAAGGUUUAUCGUAGUUUUCGUUCGAGAUGAAUUGGAAAUUUAUACCUACUAUCCCUUCGAAAUAAAUAAAAUAAAGAAAAUUAGAAAGUAUGGAAAAAAAUGUCAAAUGAUGUUCAGAGAUAAGGCUAAAAAUCUAAAUGGUGCUCCAUUAAGAGCGGCAGUUUUUGACAGAGUCCCAUACUCUAUGUACUGUGAUGGCAGAUGGAAAGGUCAAGAUAUCGAUAAUUUAAAACAUAUAGCAAAAGGACUGAAUGCAUCUAUCCAAAUUAUAGGAACGACAGAUUAUCAAUUGAAAAAUGGUACAUCUAUGUACUUGUACACUAACCAGGCUGACGUGAUCAUGGUUAGACUGUUUGAGACUGGUUAUUUCGGAAAUUCAACAUCAUCGUACCCAUUCGGCGUAGACCACAAAGUCGUCAUGGUACCAACACCCAAAAAGGAACCCAGAAUUCAACUAGUGCAGUUCAACAAUGCCAUCGCUUAUACGUUUGCGUUGCUUGUGCUACUCCUACUUUCGCUGUUCAGUUUCAUCAACAAAAUCAACAAAAUUGAUUUUUCUUUCUAUUGCAUAACUCUAUGGGCUAUUUUUUGGUUAAAUCCGGCGUGCAAUCUGAACAAAUUUAAAGGGAAAUUUAAAGCUCUACUAUUACUGCUCAUAUUCGCUUUCAUGAUUAUGGGCAACUAUUUUGGACCGGCUUUAAUAAGCGUACUAGUCAGUGUCAGAGCGAAAAAACCUAUCAGUACUUUGGAAGAGUUAAGAAAGAGUAAUUUGAGCAUUUACAUAGCAGAUUAUUAUAUAGAAAACGGGUAUAUUUCGGAUUCUUUAGGUUUGAAUGAUAAAUUCAUACCAGUCCUCCAACCAGAGUACAUUUUGAAACUCAUAAACGUAACUGAGUUGUAUUAUGGUUUCGUAGUACGAAAAGAUGCAGCUACAUUCUUUAGCAACGAAUUAAGAUACAGUAACGGCCUUCCAAUAUAUACAGUAGUCGAUGAAUCUCUAUUGCCAGGCGUAAACGUUUACUCACUCCAAAAGAACUCGCCUUAUUGUAGAGGGUUCAACACAUGGCUGCUAAGAAUUCAACAGUACGGAUUUUCGAUUUACAAAAAACGACAAAACAAAUCAACGUCUAAAUCUGACGAAAUACUAGCGUUGAGCUUGAAGCACUUUAGCGUUACAUUUUUGAUGUUAAUUCUUGGUUACGGUAUAGCGGGGGUGGCUUUUUUGAUGGAGUUGGUGUGGUAUAGAUAUGGAAAUUUAUUUCUGGAAUAUAAAUUGAAUUUAUUCCGAACUAUACUUAAGUUAAGUUAAAAAUAUUUAUUUACAAUGUUAAAAGGUACUAAUUCACAACUACAUGUACACAUUGUUCGUCGUAAAUCUUCGCCCUGUCCUUUUUGCCUGAACUGGAGGGGUAUGGGCCUCGUCUCGUACCCCAACCAUGAUAUCCAAGAUGUUUAUAGCUGAUAAUUUAAUGUACCAAAUCCUUAUCUGCGAUAUAAUAUGGUUAUUGUGUCUGAUUAGCUUGCAUCGGUAAUGAAUCUUUUUAGUUUACAGUUAUGUCUUUUGUUAGUUUUGUCUCGUAUCCCUGAAAAAGCGUUUGAAAAAAUAGGAAUUGUACUGUUUGUGUAUGGCUUAAAUGUGCAAACUCGUGAAGUACACGACUUUUAAAACAACAAUGUAUUCACAUUAUUGGAUUCAAAUAAAUUAUCAAUUGGUAUUAAUAUUUUAGUUAACUGUUUGCUGCUAAGGUAUUUAUUUUAUAGACUUGUGCAUAUUUAAUUCAAAUAAAUUAAAAAAAAAAAAACAAAAACUUUGAAG